AUGUAUAGCGCACGAGGUGCCAAGGGUGGAGGCAGUCCCGCUGCUCAACAGUAUAUCCAAGGUACUAUGAGAUUGAGACAGGAACAAGCCGCGAGGGCUGCACAGUUGCAGCAGAACGCGAUGGCAGCUGGAAUGGUGAAUGCACAUGGUCAGAUUAUCCCUGGUGGAAUCAUAGGCUAUCCUCAAAACCAAGCACAAGCUCAAGCUUUAAUGAAUGCUAGGUUCAAGCAAGGUGUUCCUGGUGCUGGAAUAGCUGGUGGUGGCCCGUUAUUAGGAGCUGCUGGUGCACAUUUGCCUGACAAUAUGACUGAAGCUGAGAAGCGAAACCAACUUGCACGGCAAGCCGCUGGUCUGCCAAAUAACCGAAGGGUGCCGUCAGGAAUGAUGCCAGCUAAUGUAAACCAGCAACUGCAGGCUCAUAUCUUGAAACAACAGCAGCAAAUGUAUGUUCAGCAACAAGCACAGGCCCAGGCUCAAGCACAGGCCCAGCAGCAACAACAAGCAGCAGCUGCAGCAGCUGCUAAUGUAGCUCAACAACAACAACAUCACCAGCAACUGUCUGCCCAACAGCAGCAAGCUGCCGCUGCUGCGGUAGCAGCACGACAGCAGAGACUAGGCGGACAGAGAGAUUCAAUCACUGAAGAUGCUAUUCGCUCUCAUUCGCCUACUCCUCAAGCCUCGUCUCCCGUUAAGCGACAGAGAUUAUCCCCAGAUGGAGAAUUUGCUAACCGACCCAUGAGUGCUGACGGACAGGUGAAUCUUCAGCAGCAGCAACAACAGCAACAGCAACAACAAAUGAUGUUGAUGCCUGGUGCUGGAGUUACUGGCCCCGAUGGUAAUGCUGUUUUUAGUGCUCAAAUGAUGCAGCAGUUGAAGGUGCAGCAAGCCCAAGCCGCUGCUCAAGCUCAAGCCCAAGGUCAGCCCUUACCACAACAAUUCCAACAGUACAAUGCUAUGGUGGGUAGUCAACAACGGGCAAUGAUGAAUGCUGCUCAAGCUGGUAAGUUGAACCCGAAUGGCGGUAGCAGUGGUCCAAAUUCAGGAGCUGGUGGUGCGGGCUCACCAAUGCAGCAACAUCAGGAUGAUAAUCAACAACUUAUGUUCCAAGUCGAUGGAUAUAAUAAUGGUGCAGUAGGUAGUGGUGGUCCCCCAGGCCAACAGCCACCAGGUGGUCUAAAUGCAAAUGGACAACCAGGUGGUGGUGCUGUUCCCGGCACCGGGCCUGGUAACCAUCCCGCUGGUGGAAAUGCCAGUGCUCUGCAAGAUUAUCAAAUGCAAUUAAUGUUAUUAGAGCAGCAGAACAAGAAGCGACUAUUGGUAGCCAAGCAAGAGCAACAAGAUGGAAAGCCUGGUGAGGGUCAGCCGGGGCCUCAGAGAACUUUGUCGACAUCAGGUGCUACACCACAGUUUCAAAAGCAGCAACAGCAGGCCCAGGGACAGAACAUGGCUGGAAUGAAUAGGAUGGGCACGUCAGCAUCCCCACCUGCUGGUAAUGCUGGAGCUCCGUCGUCUGCUCCCGAACUGGCUCGUCGUAAUACUACCACGCCACGACUUGCUAAUCAGACGGUGGCCCCCGUAUCGCCUUUGACUGAUGUUGCUAGGUCUUCACCAAAUAUUGCCAACCGCCCUGCAGUCAAUAACAAUAAUAAUAGCAAUGGUAGCAAUAAUGGACAGGCUAAUUUCAAUGGUAAUAUACCCAUUGAUUUCAAUGUCAUGGUUGGUGAGAUCAACGGUCCUAUGAUGAGACCGUGGGCCAUGCCAGGCGGCCAUCCCAAUAUGCCCCAGGCUCAACAGUCACAACAACAACAACAACAACAACAGCAGCCGCAACAGGGUCCAAGAGGAAGCAUAUCUGGACCUGGUCAAGUCUCAUGGCAAUCUGGACAACAGGGCAAUGGAGCAGAAAACAAUUCUACCAAUAGCAAUUCUAACAAUAACAAUAACCCAUCACAACGAAUGCCACCACCUCAAGGUAUCGUCAACGCCGUUGGUAAUCGAACGCAACCUUCAUCUCCCAACCUUAUUAACCCCCCUACACCUACUCAGGCAAAUGCCACUGCUAAAUCGAUAGUCAAGGGAAAGAAGGAGCCUGUUAAUAAUCGUAAGAAGGUCACCGGUAAGAAGGGAACUGGAGGCGCUGGAGCACCUGCGACUCCAAUAACUUCAGAACCACCAACGCCGACAACUCCAAUUACGCCCCACAAUCCACCAAAUGCAUUUGGGUUGGGAGCUGGCAACGCUUCUAAUGCUGCUAAUAAUAAUGGUACGAAUGCCGCAGUUGUUGCCAACGGUAAGGCCCCUGCAGCAGGAAACAAGGGUAGUAAUAACAAUUCAAACGAUAGUUCUUCAGGGAACAACACUUCAUUACUAUCAAUGGCAGCUAAUUUCUCAAUGGGUAGUCAACCAGGCAAAUCAGAAGGGUCUGCUGAUGACCCCACUAGUGGUGUAGGAGGAGACUACGGAGAUGGUGAGCCUUCCUUCUUCAACGAGUUUACUACUGGUACAGAAGGUGAAUUAGGAGACAUUGAUUUCGACUUUGAAUCAUUUUUAAAUACAGACGGUUGA